AUGCCAAAACUCACGGACAGCACGGCCAACAGCUUGCUCAAUAGUGAGGGAGUGGCAGACCAGCAAUUGGCCGAAGCAGAGGCACGACGGAAGGCCAGCGGCACUCCUGAACCAGACCGACGAAGUCGAUCUCAGAGUCCUCAUGCAAGGUCACGUUCGCUGUCUGCGCAUUCUUCAAGCUCAGUUUCAACUAUAUCCACUAGCAAAUCUCGCUCAGCCACGCCUCCGCGAAGCAGAGACCACCAACGGCCCAACAGAGACAGAGCGAGCCCCGCGCGCUUAGGGACGGCAGCAGCCAAUUCAUCCCGUAAGCGAAGACACCGGUCUGUUUCCAGUUCAUACUCUCGGUCACCCAGGUCGCCUCCCGGAAUGCCAGGCUCCCACCGGAAAAGCCGCCGGCAUAGAACCAUAAGUCCGAUCGAUCGAGGCAGGCCCAAUUCAAAACGUCGCGGGAGCCACCGCAGUAGGACCAACAGUCCGAGCAUGGACAAGAGUCAGAUCACCAAGGACAGGAGGUCAUUAGACGACUCGGACAAUGACUUCGAUGAUCGCGCCGGCACUCGUUAUCGGCAUGUGCAACCUCACGGGAGCAAUCACGGCUCACGGAGCCCAAGAGGAUUCAGAAUUCCUCAAGAGCAUCAUGGUCCGUCACGGCGAGAGCGCAGUUUGAGUCCGUAUAGCAAACGAUUGGCUUUGACGCAGGCGAUGAAUAUGUGA